GGCGCUUGUCCUGCUAACUAGCUAUAGAUGCUGUAUAGGAUUUCCUUCUGUAUGUAUGACGUUAGGAAACAAAGUCGUUCAAUUUCAGCAUAGAACACACAUCGGUUAUGAAAUUGAAUUUCAGGGUUGCCUAUAAAAAGAAUUAUUACAGUUGAGGAAGGCUGACCCCAAUGGCAGGGGAUGUGUGUAGUCAUGUGAAGGUGGUGGUUCGAGUGAGGCCAACAAACGACAGUGAGCUGCGAGAAAACUGUCGAAAUGUUGUCCAGGUUGUUGAUAAUCACAUGCUUAUAUUUGACCCCAAAGAGGAGGACCUGUCAUGUUUUGGAUCAAAACAAGGAGUACGGAGACAUAACAUAAACAAAAAGGCCAACAAAGACCUUAAAUUUGUUUUUGACCAUGUCUUUGGUGAGAACUCCACUCAAGUUGACAUAUUUGAGAACACCACUAAAGUAGUGCUGGACGGUGUGAUGAAUGGAUUCAACUGCACAGUGUUCGCUUAUGGUGCAACAGGAGCAGGCAAGACCCAUACCAUGUUGGGUUCACAGGAUAAUCCUGGAGUUAUGUACCGUACCAUGAAAGAACUGUUCAAACGCAUGGACGAUGCCAAGGAGGAAAAAGAGUUUGCUGUAGCAUUCUCCUACCUUGAGGUUUACAAUGAACAGAUAAGAGACCUGUUGUCUGGUACAGGCCCUCUAGCAGUGAGAGAAGACAGUUCUAAAGGAGUGGUUGUUCAAGGCCUUACGUUACAUCAGCCGAAAUCUGCGGAACACAUAUUAGAAGCUCUGGAUAUCGGCAAUCGAAACAGAACGCAACAUCCAACUGAUAUGAAUGCCACAUCGUCCCGGUCCCAUGCUGUAUUUCAGAUAUAUUUGAGACAACAGGACAAAACUGCCAGUCUCAACCCCAACGCCUGCGUAGCCAAAAUGAGCCUGAUUGAUCUGGCAGGUUCAGAAAGGGCCAGCGCCACAAACGCCAAAGGGGCGCGUUUACGGGAAGGUGCUAACAUCAACCGCUCGCUAUUGGCCUUAGGAAACGUUAUAAAUGCUCUUGCAGAUCCAAAGAGUAAAAAAGCUCACAUUCCAUACAGGGACAGCAAACUGACUCGGCUGCUGAAGGACUCCUUAGGUGGCAACUGUAGAACAGUCAUGAUUGCCAACGUUAGCCCCUCUUCCAAGUCAUAUGACGACACUCAAAAUACACUAAAAUAUGCCAACAGAGCGAAGGAGAUAAAGUCAACGCUGAAGAGUAAUGUUGUCAGCCUGGACAGUCACAUUGGUCAGUACGCCGUGAUAUGUGAGAAGCAACGGCAAGAGAUCCUACAAUUGAAACAAAAACUGAGCGAAUACGAGGAGAAGAAUAUGGCACCCAGCUCGACCAACACCAUGUCCUCAAAGACACAAGCAGAAAUCAGAAGGGUGUCGGAGGCUCUGCAGCAAAUCUUUUUGAGUCGAACCCAAAUCAGAACAGAACAGCUGGAUCUGGAGAGACAAAUGAAGGAGAAUGAGCUGCGCCAACUCUACAGUGAGGAGGACAACCUGCAGGUCCAACACUUCUGUGCCAAGGAAAAGACGGAGAAGGCCACUUGUAAGCACGAGCGGAAGAUUGCCAGCCUGCGCACUCAGCAGCAACACAUUAGCAAACGUCUUAAGGAAGCAGAAGUGCGUUUCUUGGAAAACGAAGGCUGGCUUCAUCGCGUUGAGAAUGAAAUGAAGCUGCUGAAGUUAAAUGGUCAGACCUCUGAGGUGUUAGAUAAGGAACUACACUGCCACAGACUAGAGCUGCAGGUCAGUGAUCUCCAACAGCAAAUCAAGCAGAUGGUGGUGCUCACUACACUGCAGGAUCAGGAGAACAAGCGCAUACAGAAAAUGAUGGGCAUUUUGCUGCCGGCAUAUAGUCGGCACUACUCUUCUCUGCUCGGGGCAGGGCUGGUCACUGCAGCAGAUGAAAAACAAAACCAUGAACUAGAACACCUUGUAUUGAGGGAGAGAGGUGUGGUCUGGGCAGACCAGGAUGGGAUGGGACAGCUGAAAGGUGAAGAGACUAGAGUGGAUGCACAGAAGAAAAAUGAGGGAAGCACAGGGCUGCACAGCGAGCUGGCACCUCUGCUGUCUUUCUCACAUGUGCUUUACCACCAAAAUAGCCCCUGCAGUGCAGAGAGAAAAACCACAAGGACAUUGUUGAGUAAAGCGGCUCCGUCCUGUAAAGAUGAAGAAAAUCAAAUGCACCCAAAAACCAGAAAGCCCAUCAGGAGAAAUCUGUGUGCAUCACUUCCACCACAAAGUCCGCAGGUCACAGCUAAGGGUCAAGUGAUGGGGGAGGGACUGUGCCCACUCCCGUGCACACCAGAACCAGCUCAGAAACCAGUUCAAGCCCUGCCCUCAUGCACAUCCAGUUCAAUCGAUCCCAACAUGACAUUUGAAAUUCCGGAAAAUGACAGUCCGACGACAAGUAACGCCACCAUUAUAUUAGGCCGCACUAGUCCAUGUGACAACUCGAAACCCAGGGAUUUCUCUGUUAGCGGCCAGGUACAUCAUCCUCCUCCAAAGUUGAAUGAGCCGAAGCAGAUGGCUACAAAAAGACAGCAGGUUCUGACUUUGCAAGAAGUGAGAAAAGCCGCCCCGUCCUACAUGGACAUGACGUCAGCUGCACAAGGAAAGCGUAAAUUUACACGAAGCAGCAACAUAGAGGAUCUAACACAGGGUCUGUCUGCACCAAAGCGCAUAAAGAAGGAGCUCGGUGUGGCACAGAGGCCACUCAGAGUGCAUCGGUUUGGCGGUUCGGAGGAGAACAAACCUCGCAGAGUUAUGAGGAGCAUUUCAGAGGGGAAUCUAAACUUGCUGGCACCUCCAAAAUCCAAGUCCAUUUUCUAUAAAACGUCCCAGCAGAUAAAACGAGUGGCCAAGAGGAUGUAAAGCAGCAACAUCUCUCUCCACUCUCAUCUCUCGCUUUCUCUCACUUUAACAAGCAAAAAACAUUGUCUUAGUUGUGUACUACCACUUACUACUGCUACAUUUAUGUUCAGGAUCACACCGUAGUAAAAUUUACUUGAUUGUACAUAAAUGUUGUCUAAUAAUUGUGAACUGAUAAUUCCUCAUAGCUGCAAAACUGACUUUUAAUGUCUUCAGACUUAACUACUCUUUUUUUUUUUUUUUUUUACCCCAAAUACUCCAGUCAACACAAAGAGAAAUUCCUCCCAGUGCCUGCUGUUCAACCUUCAUUGCCCUGCAGUCGUGAUCAGUGUGGUCUGUGACCGUAUUUCCCUGGGCAGCUAUUAUCAGGGGCAGACUGGACAUGGUUCAAAUUGGAAAAAAAUUGAAUCUGUUGAAAACUGAGCAGAUUUGUGCUUUUAUCCUGUUUCUUCUGUACAGUUAACAACAUAGUUGUUAGAAACCCCUUAAUAAAACUAGUUUUAAAAUGCAAAA